AUUAAACACAAAAUUACUAACUAAAUGAAUUUUUAAGAAAUCCAAGUGUAAUCAUUUAAGCACUCUAAGAAAAAACUUAGCUCCGCCCCAGAAUAUAUCCUAAGUUCUCCCUUACAAGCUACAACUACAAGUUACAACCAAACUAAUGAAUGGAUGAAUGAAUCAUGAAUUAUGUAACAUAUCUUGUAUUUUAAGUUCACCUUUAUAAGCUAUUCUAUGUCUUCCUUUUAAUUUGAGCAUACUCUUUUAAUUUGUCUUAAUAAUUUUGCACCAUUUUAUUAUCAAUGACUUAAUUUUCUUCUCUUUGAUCUCAAUAAUAAAUUUAUUUUCUAUUUAGCUGAAUUAUUUAUUUUUAUUAUCUACUUAGUCUUAUUUUUUUUAAUAAAAUUUUCUUUGGAAUAAUUUCCAUCCAAAAUGAGUACUAAUGAAAAUAAGUGAAUGAAGGGUGAUUGAAACAUCUGUUGUCACUUCCCUCCUCAAUCUUUCUUUAUCUCUCUCUUUCUACAUUUUUACACAGAAAGACAAGCAAAUAUGUACCAGACAGUAGUAAUUCUCUGCUUCCCUAAGAAUAAAGAUGGUGUUUUGUAGAAGCUAUGAACCAUUAACUAAAAACAAAAUAAAAGUUUUAAUCUUUUACGAAAAAAAAAAAGCAACUUUGGAGAGAGAGAAAUGGGAAGAAAAUAGAAGUGGGGGUUAAUAUAUUUUUAUUAUUUAGCCCCUACCACUUUUUGCUUAUAAACGAAGCUUAAAUUUGGUAGUUAACAAAUAAUGUCACAAGAUUCUAAGGAGAUAAAGACAAUUGAACAGUGGAGAUGGUCUGAAAUGCAAGGGAUUGAUCUUCUUCCUUCCAGCAAUUUAUCAUCAACAACACCAGAAAAUAAUCCCCAUUUACAUAGAGAAUCAAAAACAGCACCUAAAGUAAUAGAACACAAGAUAGAAAAAGAAAUGGAAGUUGCAGAAGGGAAAAAAGAUGGAUCAGAGAAACCUAAAGAAGCUCCUCCUGCUGUUGGGUUUCAAGAAUUAUUCAGAUUUGCUGAUGGUUUGGAUUACAUUUUAAUGGGGAUUGGCUCUCUUGGAGCUUUUGUUCAUGGGUGUUCUUUGCCACUUUUUCUUAGAUUCUUUGCUGAUCUUGUUAAUUCUUUUGGUUCUUAUGCCAAUAAUCCUGAUAAAAUGAUGCAAGAAGUUUUAAAGUAUGCAUACUAUUUUCUUGUUGUUGGAGCUGCAAUUUGGGCAUCUUCAUGGGCAGAAAUUGCCUGUUGGAUGUGGACUGGAGAAAGACAAUCAACAAAAAUGAGGAUCAAGUACUUAGAAGCAGCAUUAAGUCAGGACAUUCAGUACUUUGAUACUCAAGUUAGAACUUCUGACAUUGUUUUUGCCAUUAACACUGAUGCUGCAUUAGUCCAAGAUGCCAUAAGUGAGAAGUUGGGUAGUUUCAUUCAUUACUUAGCAACAUUUGUGACUGGUUUUGUGGUGGGAUUUACUGCUGUAUGGCAAUUAGCUUUAGUAACUCUUGCUGUUGUGCCUCUUAUUGCAAUUAUUGGUGGAAUCCACACUACAACAUUAGCUAAACUAACCAGCAAGAGCCAAGGAGCUAUGUCACAAGCUGGGAAUAUUGUUGAACAGACAAUUGUUCAAAUUCGGGUAGUUUUCGCAUUUGUUGGUGAAUCGAGAGCUCUACAAGGGUACUCAGAUGCAUUGAAAAUCGCCCAAAGGCUGGGUUACAAGAGUGGAUUAGCCAAGGGUUUGGGAUUGGGUGGAACUUAUUUUGUUGUAUUUUGCUGUUAUGCUCUUCUUCUUUGGUAUGGAGGAUAUCUUGUUAGGCAUCAUUUAACAAAUGGUGGACUUGCCAUAGCUACUAUGUUCGCGGUCAUGAUCGGGGGAAUAGGUUUGGGACAAUCGGUCCCGAGUAUGAGUGCAUUUGCCAAGGCAAAAGUUGCAGCUGCAAAGAUUUUUAUGGUAGUUGAUCACAAACCAAACGUAGAUCGAAACAACGAAUCAGGCACAGAAUUGGAAUCAGUAACAGGACAAAUUGAGCUCAAAAAUGUCGACUUUUCAUAUCCAUCUCGACCAGAUGUGAAAAUUCUUAAUAAUUUCUGUCUUACAGUACCUGCUGGAAAAACCAUAGCUCUAGUUGGUAGUAGUGGAUCCGGAAAAAGCACUGUGGUGUCUCUCAUUGAGAGAUUUUACGAUCCAACCGAAGGACAAGUUCUUGUAGAUGGGCAUGAUAUAAAAUCAUUGAAGCUUAGAUGGUUAAGGCAGCAAAUCGGUUUGGUGAGCCAAGAGCCUGCGUUGUUCGCGACCAGCAUCAAAGAAAACAUACUUCUAGGCAGACCGGAUGCUAGUUUGGCCGAGGUCGAAGAAGCUGCUAGAGUUGCCAAUGCCCAUUCUUUUAUCAUUAAGCUUCCUGAUGGCUUUGACACUCAGGUCGGGGAGAGAGGCUUGCAACUUUCGGGAGGACAGAAACAACGGAUAGCGAUUGCUAGGGCGAUGCUUAAGAACCCCGCAAUACUUCUCUUAGACGAAGCAACUAGUGCCCUAGACUCGGAAUCAGAGAAGCUCGUCCAAGAGGCACUUGAUCGUUUUAUGAUUGGAAGGACAACCCUUGUUAUUGCCCACCGUCUUUCCACCAUUCGUAAGGCUGAUCUUGUGGCUGUACUGCAGCAGGGAAGUGUAUCGGAGAUUGGAACCCAUGAUGAACUCAUGAUCAAAGGAGAAAAUAGUGUUUAUUCUAAGCUCAUUCGUAUGCAAGAAGCAGCACAUGAAACAGCCUUGAAUAAUGCCAGAAAGAGUAGUGCAAGGCCUUCAAGUGCUAGAAACUCGGUUAGCUCACCAAUUAUUACACGGAAUUCAUCAUAUGGGCGAUCGCCUUAUUCACGCCGGCUCUCUGAUUUCUCUACUUCUGAUUUUAGUCUUUCCAUCGAUGCUGCCCAUGCAAAUUACCGGCUUGAGAAGUUGGCAUUCAAAGAACAAGCAAAUUCCUUUCGCCGUCUUGCUAAGAUGAACGCUCCUGAAUGGCCAUAUGCGUUGGUUGGUUCUAUAGGCUCCGUUAUCUGUGGUUCACUCAGUGCGUUCUUUGCCUAUGUUCUCAGUGCUGUCCUUAGUGUCUACUAUAACCCAGACCAUGCAUUCAUGAUCAGAGAAAUUGCUAAGUACUGCUAUCUACUAAUUGGACUUUCAUCAGCUGCCCUCAUCUUCAACACGCUGCAGCAUUUCUUCUGGGACGUGGUCGGUGAGAAUCUGACAAAAAGGGUUAGAGAGAAAAUGAUGGCAGCUGUGAUAAAGAACGAGAUGGCAUGGUUUGACCAGGAAGAAAAUGAGAGUGCUCGAAUUGCUGCUAGGCUAGCUCUUGAUGCCAAUAAUGUUCGAUCCGCUAUUGGGGACAGAAUAUCUGUUAUAAUGCAGAAUUCUGCCCUCUUGCUUGUUGCUUGUACUGCUGGAUUCGUGUUGCAAUGGCGCCUUGCCCUUGUACUUAUAGCUGUCUUCCCUGUGGUGGUUGCCGCUACUGUUCUGCAGAAAAUGUUUCUGAAAGGUUUCUCUGGAGAUCUAGAGGCUGCCCAUGCUAAGGCUACACAGCUGGCAGGAGAAGCUGUGUCGAAUGUCAGAACUGUUGCUGCCUUUAAUUCAGAAGCGAAAAUUGUCGGUCUUUUUACUUCUAAUCUUGAAACUCCUUUACGAAGUUGUUUCUGGAAGGGGCAGAUUGCAGGUAGCGGAUACGGAAUAGCUCAAUUUGCCCUUUAUGCUUCCUAUGCUCUUGGUCUCUGGUAUGCUUCGUGGCUUGUUAAGCAUGGCAUCUCUGAUUUCUCCAAGACAAUUCGGGUUUUCAUGGUCCUUAUGGUCUCUGCUAAUGGUGCUGCUGAGACCUUGACCCUGGCUCCUGAUUUCAUCAAGGGAGGCCGUGCUAUGAAAUCGGUGUUUGAGCUUCUUGAUCGCAAAACUGAGAUCGAACCGGAUGAUCCAAAUGCUACAUUAAUUCCUGAACGACUUCGAGGGGAAGUGGAGCUCAAGCAUGUUGACUUCUCCUAUCCCACACGUCCUGACAUCUCCGUCUUCCAAGACCUUAACUUGCGAGCACGUGCAGGAAAGACUCUUGCUUUGGUAGGCCCAAGUGGAUGUGGCAAGAGUUCUGUCAUUUCCCUUGUUCUUAGAUUCUACGAUCCAUCAUCGGGAAGAGUCCUGAUUGAUGGUAAGGACAUCCGAAAGUACAAUCUCAAGUCUCUAAGGCAGCAUAUGGCUUUAGUCCCUCAGGAACCUUGCCUCUUUGCCACAACUAUUUACGAUAACAUCAAGUAUGGCAACGAUAAUGCAACAGAAACUGAGAUAAUUGAAGCAGCAACCCUAGCCAACGCGCACAAGUUCAUAUCAGCAAUGCCCGAUGGGUACAAGACCCAAGUAGGAGAAAGGGGGGUUCAAUUGUCCGGGGGACAAAAACAGCGGAUUGCACUAGCUAGAGCGUUCGUGAAAAAGGCGGAAAUAAUGUUGCUCGAUGAAGCUACUAGUGCACUUGACGCAGAGUCGGAGAGAUCCGUUCAAGAAGCCCUAAACCGUGCUUGCACAGGGAAGACUACAAUCGUGGUGGCACACAGGCUAUCGACCAUUAGGAAUGCCCAUGUCAUUGCUGUUAUUGAUGAAGGAAAAGUGGCAGAACAAGGUUCUCAUUCUCAUUUACUAAAGAACUACCCAGACGGGUGCUAUGCUCGGAUGAUACAGCUGCAAAGGUUCUCACACGGUCAGGCCAUAGAAAUGGCGUCAGGAUCAACCUCUUCCUUACAUCCAAGAGAAGACGAGGGAAGAGAAAAUUGAUACCCUUAAAAGGGGAAGAAUUUCCAAAUUUCGUAUAAAGAUCGAGGAAACCGAAAGGAAGAAAAAGAGUAUAGUCCAAUAUCCCUUCUCAUCAGUUUGGAAUUCUUGAUUUUUGCUGUCAUAUAUAGCCAUGUUGUGUAUGUGUUAUCUAAUUUAGCUUAUAAAAUAUAGUGUUUCUACCCAA